AACUAUUGUUUGGAUAGUAUUAUCUGAAAGAACAUACCUUGCCAACUAGCCUUCAUGUAAAGUUUAGUUGUUAUUAUUGUUAUUUUGAUUACAGGUAAAAGCAGAAUAUGUUUCUCCAGUUUUCUGAUGUGAUUGUUUACUUUCUUCUAAUUGCUUUAUAUUCUGUAUAGACGCAGGCCUGGGACCGUUCAAACUGAAAAGGAGAUCAAUGCUCUGUCGUGUUUUUGUUAUGGACAUUCGUCUGUUUGCCAACGUGCUUUGGUUACGUGGAACAUGUCAUUAUAAGCACGUUCAAAAAAGAUAAAGAGGAGUGGACAGCACUGACCAGUAAAGGCGACACUGUACCUCUUCUCUAUGACCCUAUUCAACAAAGUAUUCAUAUUUCAUCUCUUCCGUCGUUCAACCAAACUGUAUAUUUCAUUGCUUCUGACCAAUAUCUUGGAGAUCAGCGAUCAUCUUAUAACCAAGCUUUGAGUUUCACGUUGAAGACCAGAGAACCGAGGUUUACAGUAUCUGCACAUGAUUUAGUUAUUGAAGGUGAAAACAUGAAGGUUUCAGUCUCCUUAACACAGCAGAAUAACACUUUACCCAAGACUGGUGAAACGAGGUUCAAGUUUAUAUUAAAUGAACAACCUGUAUUUGGCUGGAAACCACAACUGGAUACCUACAAAUUCUUGACCGUUCUUUCAAAUUUAACAGCCUUAAAAAUUAGGGCUAACUUAAGUCCAGAAGGAGAAACCUUUUUAUACGACGUAAGACUGCAGUCUGCCCGACCUUCAACGAACGGAGGGACCGCUAAUUGGGUGGAAAACUGUACAUGUCCUCGUGGUUACGUUGGUCAGUUCUGUGAAUCUUGUGACCAAGGGUACACCAGAAAUAUUCCUGGCGGUAGCAGAUUUGCUAAAUGUAUUCCUUGUAACUGUAGGCGUGUUUCUUAUGAUUGUCACCGUGAAGCAGGAACAUAUAAUUGUCCUUUUAACACAGAUGAUGAAUUUUGCAAACAAUGUACUUUCGGAUGCGAUAAGAAACCACUCUCAUUAAAUCACCUCGGUUGUGAACGACUUCCUUGUUCUCUGGAAUUUGGUUGUAAGGUCUUACAAAAGGAUCAAGUCAGUUUUACCGAGUGUCCCAUAGACCAGACAG